GGAAUUUUGUUUACACUGUGACUUUGUUCUAUCCAGACUCGGCAGCACGAACUUGUGUGGCUGCUCGUUGCCCCACGACCGCGCGCAAUCAGUCAUCCGCGGAACGCUGAAUCGGUCAACAGGGCCCUGCGUGUCCAAAUCGUUCAAUCAUUGUUUUGAAAGAUGCGUUUUCGCCAGCUCAGGGGUUUCCUCCUCGUGAGUAGCGGAACGUUGCUGGUGUGGCUGCUGAUGUCGCUGCUGACUUUCGCCCUGCUGGAAGCUACCGAGGGGCGCACCAUCUUCUACAAACCGUCCGCCAAGGACGACCUGAACGCCACAGUCAACACGUCGAACAUCUUCGUGUCUCCGCUGCGGUGUCCGCCGGGUUACGGGCUGGAUCGGUUCCGACGCUGCCGAAAGUUGGUUUACUAA